CCGCCCCGGCAGUGACGUUGCGCUCCCGCAGGGUCCGCCCCCGCCCCACGCCAGGCUCUUCCUUUCUCGCCGACAUCUUGCGGAGUGGCUGCGGCCUGAUCAUGCCGCCCAAAGACGACAAGAAGAAGAAGGACGCGGGCAAGUCCGCCAAGAAGGACAAGGACCCGGUCAACAAGUCCGGCGGCAAAGCCAAGAAGAAGAAGUGGUCUAAGGGGAAAGUGAGAGACAAGCUGAACAACCUUGUCCUGUUUGACAAGGCCACUUACGACAAACUGUGCAAAGAAGUGCCCAACUACAAGCUCAUCACACCCGCAGUUGUCUCAGAAAGGCUGAAGAUUCGAGGCUCUCUGGCUCGGGCUGCCCUCCAGGAGCUGCUCAGCAAAGGGUUGAUCAAACUGGUGUCCAAGCACCGAGCCCAAGUGAUCUAUACCCGAAACACAAAAGGUGGAGAUGCACCUCCUGCAGGAGAGGAUGCAUAGGGAGGUUCUUCAGUGACUUCAUCAACGUGUCAUAUGUAGAUGCACACAAUAAAAUUACUGAUUAUAA